AUGAAUGAAUUAACGCCCAUUGGAAUGAUUUAUGAUGAAGAAAUGUCCAAAACGUCUAUGAGUACGGCAGCGGUCGCCAUACUUCCAACAGUUCACGAGCUUUACAAAUCCAGGGAUUUGGCCGACAACAACAAUAUUCAAUCGAUGAGUGAUAAAGUGGUAGGUGGCUUUGAUGAGAUAAGAGAUGCUACUCGUUGUUUACCUGAUGCGCCGAUGGAAGAAUUACUUCAAUAUUUUGAGAAAAACUGGAUAACAAACAUUGAAUUGUGGAACUUAUUUGGACUUGAUAAUCGCACCAAUAACGCUUGUGAAGGUGGAGUAUAUAAUUUAGCAAUUUCAAAGAAAUCAUCCUAA